AUGGAGAAGCGCAAGAGGGAUGGUGCUGGUACCAGCAGAAUGGAAAGGGUUGCUGUGUUGGGUGGAACCUUGGCUAUUGCAAGCCUGGUGGGGAAAGAUUACAAUUUUUUUACGGAGAGAAUCAAUUUGGCAGAAGAUGGAAAGGAAAGCCAUAUCAAAAUUCACUGUGAUUCCACAAACAAUGGUGCAUCGGAUAUUGUUAUCCUAGAGAUUGCAAUAAAUGAUAGAGAGCAAGAAACAAUUGGACUAACUGGUGGUUACGGUGAUGUUGACCAGAGUUCUCGAUCAGAAACUGAGCAUGGUGCAAUGAACGUGCUCGAGAAUGAGAGCGAUGAUACUUUGGUGAUGGAAAACAUUGACAUACUGGAUGGGGAAGUCGGUACAGAUGUAGAACGGUCGACGGUUGAAGAGUGUACACUGCAAGAACCAUCUUUGUCAUUAUCAGAAGACAGAUCAUCAUUUUCAGCGGUGGAAGAUGAUGCAGAAGAAAAUCCACUCAUUCAAUCGUCGUUUUCAACGCAAGAAGAAGAUGGUGAAGAAAGACAUUCGCCAAGGCCGUUGUCAUUUUCAACCGUAGAAGAAGAACAAGAAGAUUAUGAUGAUGAUGAUGAUAAGGAGGAGGGGGAGGAGUAUGAAGACGAGGAUUCACCAAUGGAAUCACCACUUUCAGAAGAAGAAGAAGAAGAAGAUGGUGUUGGUGAGGAGGAGGAGGAUGGUGGUGGAGAGGAUGAUGAAGAAGAAGAUUCACCGAUGGAAUCACCAUUUUCAGAAGAAGAAGAAGAUGUUGAUGGCGGUGGUAAUGAUUCACCAUUACAAUCAUCAGCUUCAACAGAAGAAGACGAAGAAUAUUCACCAAUGCUAUCAAGACUUUCAGAGGAGGAAGAAGAAGACUCACCGCGGCAAUCAUCAUCAUUUUCAACAGGGGAAGAAGAUGAAGAAGAAUAUUCACGAGUGCAAUCAUUUGUUUCAACGGAAGAUGAAUAUUCGCCAACGCGAUCAACAUUUUCAGAAGCAGAAGAAGAAGUUACAGAAACAGAAGAAGACAGCUCAGAAGGGACAUGGAGCUCUUCCCCAGAAUCUACUAUGGAGCGAAUUACGCAAGCAAAAUAG